UUUUUUUUUUUUUUUUUUUUUUUUUUUUUGCAAGGUUUCAAAAAAAAAGAUAAAAAAUAUAUAUACAUGGAUAUUCCACAGUCAAAACAUAACCAUUCACCUAGUUGGGAUCAACAACCAUUGAGUCAUGGUGGAAAACGAAGAGAUGCAACCCAUAAUAUCCAUUCACAUCAACACACAGGCAGCGAUUCGUUUUUUAAUAGAGUAUUUGGACAUCAUUCGUCAGACUCCUCCAGAGCCGGUUCACCCACACCACCUUUAAAUCCAGCUACAGUUGAUUCAACUACGAGUAACCUUCAUACAAAAUCCUCGCGUCACACUCGUAAUUCUUCAACCGGUCAUAUUCCCUCUCCUGUACCAUACGUUUCUCCUAUUUCAAUUAUACCACCCAUCAAGUACAUGGAAAGAAGAAGAUCGUUUGAUGGCCAAACAUCUUUACAGAUGGAAAACGCUACCUCUCAUCAGAACCUACGUACAACUAACAACAACACAACAACCACAACAACAGCAGCAGCAGCAGGAUCAACGACACCAAAGCAUAAACCUACCCCGACUCCGCUUUCGUCCGUAUCUGCACGAGUGACAAGUCCAAUACCAAGUGUUCGUACUCAACACAACAACAACAACAACAGUGCUAGCAGUCCCAGAACAAAUCAAUACCAUUCAACAUCAUCUCCCAAAAUUAAUACAACAGCUGUACCAUUUCCAAGAGGAGGCAGACAAAUAGGUGCAACUGAUAAUCAUCAUACAGUCAGAAGAAGUGGUUCCAUUGAAAGACGAACACUUGUAGUGGAAGAUCAACCACCCAAGAAGCGGCAUUUAUUUCGAUUUGGCAAAAAGAAACAUUACUCACCUGCAACAGGGACAGCGAAUUCAUCAACAACAACAUCUUCUUCAACCAAUUCAAACAUUCCAUCCACACGUAAAAAAUCCAGUGACGAUCAUCGACCUUUACUCUUUGAUAAUCCUAGUACGACCGCCUCCGAUGUACAACGAUCUUAUUACCAACAACAAUUAAAGGAUAGUGAAAGAAAGAGAUCUGGUGGUUUAAGCGGGAACUAUAAUAAAAAAGGAAAAGAGCAUAAAGAUUAUUUAUCACACUUAAAAUUGGAUCAAAACUUUGAAAGAAUGGAUGGGAUCGUUAAUCGUGAUUAUUACAAAUCAAACUCUCCAGCACCUCCAUCUAUCAUUUCUACAUUAAAUACUCUCGUCAAUAGCUCGGCUGCAUCCGAUACAAUUGCCUGUGACGAAUCAUGGGCUGCACCCGAUAGUUGGGGCGUACAACUCCCUUCCAUCUUUGAUGGCGCUUCAGAGACAAUUCAUGAAGAUGAUCAAAACGAUUAUGAGGAUUAUCCUAUCAAUGAUCCAGAAAAAUGGGAUAUACCCAAGAAAUAUGCAAACAUCAAAAUUUAUCGCCCCGAUCAAACAUAUAAUACCCUCCAUGUUCCCUUAAAUUCAACUACCAUGGAGAUCCUAAAGAGAUUGGCUACAAAACUAUUUAUGACAGAUGUGUACAAAUGUAACCUUGUGAUGAAGAGACAUAACAUGGAUCGCGUUUUAGCAUUGACAGAUCGACCACUUAAACUUCAAAAGGUGUUACAGGAACAAAUGGGGUACAUGGAUCAGGACAAGAUUGACGAUAGUACCUAUUUAGUUGUAUUUCAGAUGGUACCCAAUAUCACCCAAACCAACCAAGACGACACUGAAUUCGGACAGCACGUAGAUUUACAAUCACGAUCUUUACCCACCAUUCCUAUUUACCUGUACAAGCAUGCCUCACGUAUCGAUUCACUCAACAUCUCAAAAAACUUUCAGAUCGAAGUUCCCUUGGAUUUUAUUCAAAUGUGUACCAAUCUAAAGCAGCUUUGGUUAGCCAAUAACGAUUACACUACGUUGCCUCCCUCAACACAACACAUUGCUUCGUUAGAACAUUUGAAUAUAUCGGGUAACCGUUUACGUGAUUUAGAUCAUGCGCAUUUGGAAGAGAUCUCCGGUUUACGUACUUUACGUGCCAUCAAUAACAAUUUGGAAUCCAUCCCCGAAUCAUUCCCAGCUAAUUUUCAACUAUUAACCACCUUAUUUAUCUCCAAUAAUUCCUUCACCAAGUUCCCCAUCGUCAUUUGUGAUAUACUCAGUUUGGCCUACCUCGAUAUCAGUUUUAAUAAGAUUCAAAUGUUCCCCGACGAGAUAGGUCAAUUGACGAAUCUGAUUGGAUUGUUCGCGAUCGCGAAUCGUAUUACGGGUUCUUUACCUUCCAGUUUUAUUAACCUGACCAAAUUGCAGGAGCUCGAUAUCCGUCAGAAUUUGAUCACCGAUCUAGACGUUGUAUCCCAUCUACCACGACUGGAGAUUCUCUUGGUCGAUUAUAAUUCCACCAGUAUUGUUAAUUUUCAAAUCAGAAAACUCAAGGAACUGAAAAUGUAUAAGAACCAUUUGACCCAAUUCAACCUCACCAGUAUUGGCAAUGGUGGCUUUCAUUUGACCGAACUCAACCUUUCAUGCUGUAAAUUAUCUAGUCUCCCCGAAGACUUGUUUCAUAACACACAAGGGUUGGAACGUUUGGUCUUGGAUAGUAAUACCUUAAACGCCAUUCCUUCCAGCAUCGGUGUCCUUCAACGUCUGGUAAAAUUAUCCAUCCAAAACAAUAAUCUUGAAAGUUUACCAAGCGAAAUCGGUCAAUUAUCUGUACUCAAGGCAUUGGAUGCUCAAAAGAACAACUUGAAAUCAUUACCCAAGGAAAUUUGGUUAUGUGCGGCUUUACAAACUUUGAAUUGUUCUUCCAAUUUAUUAGAGUCCUUCCCCGAACCUUUUUCAGCUGCUCUCACCACUCCAUCCGUAACCCCUUGCAUAAAGAAGAAGGCCGCUGAUUUGGAAACCCUUUGUGAUGAUGAUGAUAAUGAUAUCAUGACCAUGAUACCCGCCUCACUCAAUGCAGGUCAAGGUGUCAUCAAACCCCUCGAUCGUUUACUCGAUUACAAUUCCAUGACACAUACUUCGCCCUCUUCCAAAUCUCAUUUUCACGCUAUGGUCUCACCUGUCACACCUACCACCACCACAAGCAACACAAAUCAUCAUCAUGCCUCGAUGAUGAUCAAUACCAAUUUGAGUGAGCAAACAUUGCAUCCUACCGCUACUAGCACCAACAACAACAACAACAACAAUAACCCACCCAACUCCGCCUCACCUUCUUCCGCACCUCCUCCACCCAACUUUAACCCACCUAGUUUUUUUGCAAGUCCACGUAACCAUCCUCCUCCUCUCUCAUUGUCCUUGCGUUCAUUGUUCUUGGGUGAUAAUCGACUGACCGAUGAUAUCUGGUCACCUCUCUCUUUAUUCCUCGAACUUCGUACCUUGAACCUAUCAUUUAACGACUUGUACGAGGUCCCCGCGGAUGGUUUAUGUCAUCAACACCUGUAUGAGCUGUACUUGUCCGGUAACCAAUUGACCUCACUCCCCGCAGACGAUAUUGAAAAACUGCAGUACAUGCGUGUAUUGGCCGUCAACGGUAACAAGUUACAGACUUUACCAGCCGAGAUUGGUAAACUUCGUAAAUUACUGGUACUGGAUGUCGGCAACAAUGUAUUGAAAUACAAUAUCGCGAAUUGGCCCUAUGAUUGGAAUUGGAACUGGAACCUAAAACUAAAAUACCUCAACUUGUCCGGUAACAAACGUCUCGAAAUUCAAAAGACACAUCCGGAUCCCAACAAUCCCAAGGAUAAGGAUCUGUCCAAUUUUAAGGCACUGGAUCGAUUGCGUAUGCUGGGUUUGAUGGAUAUCACCAUCCUAGGUGUCUCCGUACCGGAGGAAUCGCAUGAUUGUCGUGUACGUACCUCGCCGUCUGAAGUCAAUGGUAUGGCCUAUGGUGUGGCUGAUUGGUUAGGUCCAAGCGAUCAUCUUUCCACAUGGGAUCUCGUCAUGCCUCGUUUUCGUGCCAAGGAAGAUGAAUGUAUCUUUGCCCUCUUUGACGGAUCCAAGCAUCCUAAAUCAGGUUGUCGAUUGACCAAGCAUUUGAACGAUAAUCUCACAACAAAGUUUACCAAGGAAUUAGGAUCCAUUGAAUCCGAUGAUACCAUUGUCUCUGCUGUACGUCGUGUCUUCUUGGGUCUGGAACAAAGUCUGGGUGUAUCGCAGGAUAUUGAUAAAGAUUCAGGUGCAUCAGCCGUUGUCUGUUAUAUCUCCGGUACCAAGCUCUAUGUCGCUAACGUAGGUGAUACAUUAGCCGUCAUCUCCCGAAAUAAUGGUCAAGCCUUUGAGAUCACUCAAAAGCAUAUUCCAUUAAACCCAAGUGAAGUCUCUCGUAUACGUGCUGCCGGUGGAUUCGUCUCCAAUUCAGGUCUACUCAACAAUGAAUUGGCCGUGUCCAGAAGCUUUGGUCAUUUUCAUCUGAUACCUGUCGUUAAUUGUAAUCCCUUUGUCUCCACCAUUGAUUUAGCAGAGAAUGACGAGUUUGUUAUUAUGGCUUCCAGAGGCCUUUGGGAUAAAAUGACCUAUCAAACCGCUGUGGAUAUCGCUCGUACAGAAAAGGACGAUUUAAUGGCAGCUGCUCAAAAGCUACGUGAUUUCGCCAUCACCUAUGGUGCUACGGAUAAUCUCAUGGUCAUGGUCAUUGGUGUAGGAGAUAUCUUUGAUAAACGAGACAAACGAUUCCGAAAUAACAGAAAUAAUAACGGUCCCGGUCGUGGUACGGGGUCCGCUGAUACCACAGAGGAUGGAUUACCCGUCAAAAGUAAACGCAGAGGUAAAGAAGAGGUACCAGGAGAUUCUACUUUGGCUCGUUUAGAAAGGGAAGUCGCACCCCCCGUCAGUCAACUGGCUUUGGUCUUCACCGACAUUAAAUCAUCCACCCAGUUCUGGGAAACACAGCCGGAAAAUAUGCGAUCCGCCAUCAAGAUCCAUGACGCCAUCAUGCGUCGUACUUUACGUAGUGUAGGUGGUUACGAAGUCAAAACAGAAGGAGAUGCUUUCAUGGUCUGUUUCAAAAAUAUCACGGCAGCUCUCUUAUGGUGUUUCACCGUCCAAUUACAAUUGUUGGAGGCAGAUUGGCCAGCGGGUAUUCUGGAUACGGAAGAAGGGAGAGAAAUCAAAAAGGACGCUGUGACCAUCUAUAACGGUCUUUCGGUUCGUAUGGGUAUUCAUUGGGGUACACCUGUAUUUGAACGUAACCCCAUUACACAACGUAUGGAUUAUUUCGGUCCCGUUGUGAAUAAAGCAAGUCGUAUCUGUAACGCGGCUGAUGGUGGACAAAUUUGUGUCUCCUCCGAUGUCAUUGCUGCACUACGAAAUUUUCCAAGCAUGUUUGAUGAUGAACCCGAUCAACAAGUAAGUAAUUUGACAGAUGUCAAUGAUUCCUUCUCCGGUAGUUUCCCCGUCAGUCGCGAUCUUUUACAAUUGAAACGAUUGGGAUUCCAUGUGGUUGAAUUGGGUGAGCGACGUUUGAAAGGUCUGGAGACUCCCGAGACCUUAAGUUUGGUCUAUUCGAAACAACUCUUGGGUCGUAUCGAACCUGACAAGAGCGAAAUCAUGGCUGUCUCUCCACCUGUCUCUAAUCCCAUGUCGCCCCAACCUACAGCAGCAACAGCAGCAGCAGCGGUAGAAAACUUGCUUUCACCCUUGAGCGAUGAUACCCUGAUUAAUACAACAACAGGGUCCAUUGAUUAUUUGUCAGCACGUAGUAUCACCCAUCUACCCGGAAGAAAGACAGUACGUACCAUCGACCCUAACUUGGUCUGUGCCAUGAGUAAUUUAGCGAUCCGUCUCGAACGUUUGACAUCGGGUAAUAUGUUAUCGCGUAGUAUGGCUGGUAGUUCCAUUCAACGUCAGUAUACACUCAAUGAUGGAGAAAUGGUCUCAACCACCGUCAGUACCGCACCAUCGGGUUUGGGUCUCAUGCUGGAUCGACAUAUACGUGAAGAUGCCAAUGAUGAAGAAUUGAUUAUCAUGAUGGAAAAUUGUGUAGCAAGAGUCGAGAAUGCCGUAUCUUCCUUGUAUUUACAAAAAAUGGGUAGUUUUGCAAGUGUGUUGGAAAGAUUAGGGAAUGCAGUGGAUAUGGAUCCAAUGCAUAUCAUCAAGGCAUUACAAAUGUUUGCCGAAACUCAAUCCAUGACUCAAUAAAAAAAAAAAAACAAAAAAUUUGGUGAGGGGAUGAGGAAUAAGAGAUUCUUUUUUGUAAAUAAUAAAUUAAAAUAAAAAAAAAGAAAAAGAAAAA